AUUUAUAUCGCAACGGCAAACACCCCCGUGUGUGCCGGUCUGUGAGUUAUGGACAGGAAAUGAGAGGAUGUUAUUUAUUGGACGCUGUUCAGUUUUUGCUGUCCUUGCGUAAUCCUUAAACGCUGAAAAUAUGACCUAGUUUCCUAGAAAUCUACGAACAAAUGCAAUUAUUAAAACGGAAAAAGAAAUUAUUUUAACUGCCUUUGCCGCAUGUACGUGCACGUAUUGUGAAAACGGGAACGGUCCGGUUCGGCUUCGGUUCGGGUAAUUAAAGGUAGGAAUUUGCUUCACAGCGAACUUGAAUCAGCGUCACUGAAUGGGCCAAUGAUUAGUGGUCAGUCAGUGGUCAGUUCUCGUUGAACGUCGCUGAACAGCUGCGCUGAACCGAAGCCGUAUAAAGCAGUGGCGAGUACAGUACAUGCAUACUGGAUAUCGCUGCCCACUCGCCAUUGGUCAGCGCUGCUCUGUGUUUGCGACGUCUCGUACAGCACUCGUACAAACCAGUGCGUGCACACUGCUCUAUCUGCCGCAGCACGUACAACCGCCGUACAUUCUCCACCGGGCACCGGCCAAGCAUGUUUCGGCCUGCCGCGCGAGAGAGAGACGCGCUAAAUAAAGCUCAAACACGGCCGUUCAGGCAAAUCUGAUUUGAUUUGACUGCUGCUUCUCUCCCCACACUUUUCCUCGCCGUUGCUCCUUUCUCGUGCCAACUCCAUGCCCAGCGAGGAAACCCCAACUUUGGUCCGUAAAGUGAAUUAAUUUCUCCAGUGAUUUGCUCAUCCGUGGCCCCGGCCUGCUCCACAUAAAAUUAAUUCCGAAAAUUGCCCAGCUGGCGGAUUUUUCAGGUCACCCUGGUUGAAACGCUAAAACGGCGCAGGAAGACGAGAGAAUGGAUAAUAAUAGAAGACGAGAGAAUGGAUAAUAAUAAUUUAUGACGGUUGAUUAUGCUGCGCGUCUCUUGAUGGUUGAUGGGAAAGAUGGGAGCUAAUCAAAGUUCAAGCGCUGCCCAUAAUCUUAUCGAUCCCCGUUACACUUCCCACUCGGCAACGCUGCAUCUUAAUCCGUGUGUCACUGAUAAGGACGUGCUGGGCGAUAAGGAGAAAUGUGUCAAUACAAGUGAAUUUCGACGCACUGCCUCGGCGCGGUUUAUCUCGCGCAACACAGCAGAACACGAUGGACCAGUGUUUCAUCAACAGCAGUUAGACUCUAACGGCCACAAUCACCGUGUGUUAAUUCAUCAUCAGCCGCAUUCUCACGAUUAUCUCCACGUGGAGUACCGCGCUAACGGACACAAAACCCAUUUGCUACCAGAUGAGAUGCCCACGGAGCCGGCCUCCGCCAGCCCGUUGGCCCGCAACAGCCCGGCCCGCUCCAGUAUUUUACGGGGCAGCUUUCGGCGCAUCAAGGCGCAGCUGAGCGUCAACGUCCCGCCGCCCGUCGUCCCCGACGACAAACUGCACCGGCUGUCCAACGCCUCGCUGGCCAGCAGCAGCUCCGGCUUCGGCAGUAGUGGCUCGGCCAACAAGACGCCGGAAUCCACAGAGAGUAAUGGGUCGUUGCGGCGUAAUCCGGGGAAUCUGAAGCUGAAGAUCGUCGUCCCGCCGGCCACUUCCGGCGACGCGGCCACUGCGCCGCCGCCUAAUGGCCCGGGCACGCCCGCCGCGGCUAAUCCCCCUAAUCGACUGCCGCUGGCGCCCAACUACCAUCGCGAUCCCGCGCCGCUCUACAGUCCCACCCAGCACAACGGUUUUCAUAAUUCCACAUCCGCUGCGUCCCGCGCCCGCUCCCCCUUCGCCUCCCCGCUGCCGUCCCCUUUGACGCCCCAGAGCGCAGGUGGAUUAGGUUCCUUCAGUAAUCUGCACUACUCGACAUCCGAGAACAAACCGCUGCCGGUGCUGCGCUCACCCGGCGAUGUGUAUCCCGUCAUGUACCGUUCCGACGUGAAAAACCCCGUAAACGGCAACGGAUUAGCCAACGGUCGUUGCGAGUAUGUGGAGUUAAUGUGCAGCAACGAGGCCGCGCACCGCGAGCAUCCGCCGCAGCCGUAUUACUACUACAAUUACGAUCCGGAUCUGAUCAGCGAUGAGUCGUCGGUGCGCAAUUCCCGUUCGUCCUUUUCAUCCUUCGACGGGUCGAGUUAUUCCGCCGGCAGCUUCACCAAUUCGCCGAAUAGUGUGUGCGGCGGCAGUGCGCCGGCGCUGGAUCUCAUGGGCAUGCUCAACAACGGGAUGACCGACAACGAAGUGCUGUCGGCGUGGCUGGGCAGCAUCGGUCUGACCGACUACUUCCCCCACUUCAUCCAGGCCGGAUACGACAUGCCCACCAUCCAGCGCAUGACGACGGAAGAUUUAACGGGGAUCGGCAUCAGCAAGCCGAGUCAUCGGAAGCGAUUCCGGGCGGAAAUCACGCGGCUGCCCAACAUGGACGCCUUCCAGUUCGGCAGCGACAUACCCGUGACGAUGAAUCAGCUGCUGUCGGCGGUGAAAUUGUCGGAGUACACGGAGUUAUUCGCCGCGCAACGGCUACACAGCGUGGACGACAUGCUCAAUUUGACAUGGGAGGAUCUGGAAGAAAUCGGCGUGAAGAAAUUAGGUCACCUGAAGAAGUUGACGCUGGGCAUCCGGCACUUCCGGGCGCUGAAGCGGCACACGGUGCUGCUGGAACAGGAGCAGCAGCUGCACCGGGAGAACACCCACAGCCCCGUCGCCCCCGCCCCGCCCAACGGGCAUCUGGCGGCGGCGCACACCGGCGCCACGGACGACACGGGCAGCGGCAGCGCCAGUAUCGGCUCCGGCUCGUCCGGCGCCCGCCCGCUGCCGGCGGCGCCCCUCCUGACCACGUUCCAGGCGCCACCGUCGGGAACAACCUCCCCUUCAAAAAAGCUCAACGGCCACCUGCCCGAGCUGCGGCGCCCGCACUCCGCGCAUUCCGACCGCCCGGGCGGCCCCCACCACCUGGCCCUCCCCAACGGUUCCUCCCCGACCCCCCGGUCCCCCGCGCCCUCCCCCGGCCCCCUCGCCUCUCUCCAGCCCCUCCAAGAAACCCCCGACACGCCGGACACCACCAAGACCCUCCCGCGCCGCAAAUCCACCCGCACCUUCGCGCAACGCUUCGCCCAAGCCUUCCACAAGGACCCCGCCCGCAAAAAAUCCACCCCGUGCUCCCCGGAACCCCCCGAUCCCCGCAAACCCCACCCGGAGGUCGGGGACCCGGUUUAUCCGCCGCCGAGCAGUAAUUCCCUCUCGUCCUUCGCCCCGACCACCCUGGCGGCGCUGGCUAGUCCCCGCGCCAACCAGUUACUGAGCCGGCACCCCGGAGGACCUCCGACGGACCCCGGGGACCUCGGGGAGGACGUCCUAGAUCUCGCCGCGUUCCCGCCGCCCCCGAGUCCCUUGUUGCGGGGUCUCCACGCACUGGAGGAGCUGUCGGUGGACACGGAGCGGACCCCGACCCUCCCGCAUAGGAGAUUGCUCCCGCCGGAGGUCCCGUUCGCCCGGGAUGACCUCGGGACGGUCCGGCAGCGCGCGGUGGUGCCGCCGCGGGCCGUCUGCGGUCCGACCACCUUCUGUGAUCCGCGGCGACCGCCUGGAGGUGGCGGGCAGUGCGAGGUGCUGGAUGAGAUCAGCGGGAUGCUGGCCAGCCUCACCUGCGAGUUGGACCAGGCCAUGGUGCAGCUGGAGGCCGCCGAACACGGCUGACCAAUGUUUCCGGGAUUUCUGGAAUUUUUUCCGGAAUUUUUGGAAUUUUCCUGGGAUUUUCUGGAAUUUUUCCGGGAUUUUUGGAAUUUUUUCCGGAAUUUUCUGGGUAAUUUUCCGGGAAUUUUUAAUGUUUUCGGGUUUUUUGGAAAUUGAAUGAAUUUGUUGUGGUUUUUUUUAAAUGGUCUUCCUCGUUUGUGUUCGGAAAAGCAGUUGGUGUAGCUUGUAAAAAAUAUGAUUGCUUAUUU